AUGGUUAUCAAUACUGAUCCCUCGAGCCAGCAACAUGCCAUUGUGGUUGUUUGCAUCGUUUCUCCCAUUGUCUCUAGUUUAUUUGUAGCGAUCCGUGUUUGGACGAGAGCCUUCGUUAGUAGUUCGAUUGGCUGGGAUGACUAUACUGCCUUAGUAACUUGGCUCUUUUGCAUAGCCUACAGUGUUCUUAUUGGAUUAGGGACGAACUAUGGCUUCGGGUGGCAUACCGCUGACAUUCGGCCUGAUCGCUACGUCGUGUACAACGAGUGGAUCUUCAUAUCCUCAAUCGUCUAUCUUAUCACCUUACUCGGCUACAAAUUCAGCAUCCUUCUCCUCUACCUUCGCAUCUUUGGCGUGGACAAGAAUUUCAGAUAUUCCACCUGGGUAGUCAUGUUCUUCGUCUUUGGCUACCUAUUUAGCAAUACUUUGACCCAAGUAUUCGGUUGCACUCCGAUCGACAAAAAUUGGAAACCAAAGACUCCCGGCCACUGCAUCCUGAUGACCAAGGCAGAUUUUGCCUACGGUUCAAUGAAUCUCAUAUCUGAUCUCUUCAUCUUCGUGUUACCUCUGCCGAUGGUCUGGCGAUUGCAGCUAUCUUGGAAAGGCAAGCUAGGCGUCACCCUCAUUCUCAUGGGCGGAGCCAUAGCAUUCGUCGUUGCCCUUGUUCGUUACAGCCUGCUACUCCACAGGUUCUACGUGACCGACAUAACAUGGUAUGACGGUAAGAAUUUACUUUGGAUGGUUCUCGAGGUCAACACCGGACUCGUAUGCAGCUGUACGCCCGCGUUGAGACCUUAUUUCACCCAUAUUGCCUCCAACGGCUUUUUCAAGGCUGCAUUCGGAGGUUUGAUAUCGCAUCCAAAGGACAGCGUACGACACAAGAGACGGAGCGACUCUGGCCAGUUGGUGCGGCGGAACACGGGAGGCGAUGGAUUCGUAGUCCUUGGGAAUAAUGAAACUGAGAUGGAGGUACCUCAUAAUAAAGCGUUGAAGAUGGUGCAAGAUGUCUGA